CCACUGAGUCUGCGCAGAACAAGUCGAGCCGCAGAUUUUAAUGUUGUUUUCUUUAAUCGGUACAAAGUGAUCGAAGAUCAAACCGAUAGUCAGACCAAUCGAACUACAGCUGGGAGAAGAGUUCGGUCCAAUGCUGUCCGUCUGACGCUGAGGACUGUCAUCGCCAUGGAAGCGACGAGUAUCCUCUCUAUCCUGAAGAAGAAGCUGGCCUUCCUGUCAGGUGGUAAAGACCGGCGCAGUGGUCUGAUCCUGACUAUUCCUCUGAGUUCGGACCAGACCAACAUGGAGGAGCUGAGUUCCACGCUGGACUACCUCCUCAGCAUCCCCAGCCGACCGGUCAGAGCAUCUGCCUCUCUUGCUGGAGAUCGUGACUUCAUGUCCUGCGUGGAGGGAGUGGGAGGAGUCAAACACAACAACACAAAGCGGUACAGUUGCAACACCUACAUUCAUUUGAUUCAUGUGGUCACCUGGCUACAGGGUCCAGGUUCUGAGCUGCUGAAGACUCAGCAGGCCAUCGGGGACUCAACGCGAGCUGCUCAGGCGCUGCAGCAGAAACAUGAGGAGAUUGAGAGUCAGCACAGUGAGUGGUUUGCAGUUUUUGUGGAGCUGAACCAGCAGAUUGCUGCUUUGCUCAGCGGCAGUGAAGAGGAUGAAGUAGCGGAGUUGAAGGCCUUGCAGCAACAGCUGAGUGACGUUUGCUACCGCCAGGCGGCUCAGCUGGAAAGCCGGCAGAACGUCCUGCAGGCGGCACACGGCUUCCACUGCGCCACACAGGAGCUGUCCCAGCAGCUGGACGGUCUGCUGGGCACGCUUUGUGCCGAUGUGGCUCCGGCUGACGGAGCGUCCAUUCAGCAGAACCUAAAGUUGUUGGAGGAGAAGCUGCAGACUGUCGAGGCGGGUCUUUCUUCUCUGCGUCAGAGGGGUGCGCUGUUGCUGGAGCAGAUGUGCAGCCAGCCGUCACGGUCUCUGGAGGAGACGGAGAGUCCAGCCGGCGAGCAGCAGGAGAACGUUCAGCACAUCCAGGCGGUGAUGGACGAGAUGCAGCUCCGCAAACAAAGGUGUGAGGACAUGGUGGAUGUAAGAAGACAAAUGCUUCAGAUGGUCCAGCUCUUCAAAUGUGAAGAAGAUGCAUUGCAGGCGGUGGAGUGGCUCAGCGAGCUGCUGGACGCCGUGUUGAAGACUCACAUCAGACUGGGAGAUGACUCUCAGGAGACCAGGGUCAUGAUGGACAAACACAGGAAGUUUGUAGAAGGGCUCAGAAGCACGUACGAUUAUGGCCGUCAGCUGCUGCAGGCGACCAUUGUCCUCUGUCAGUCUCUGCGCUGCACCACCCGCUCGUCCGGAGACACGCUGCCGCGCCUGAACCGCGUGUGGAAACAGUUCAGCGUCAGUGCUGACGAGCGCCAGCAGAGGCUGGAGCUGUCGCUGAGGCUUCCACACCCUGCUGAGAAGGUAUUCCAGCUGGAGAGCGUGGAGGCGGAGUCUCUGGAUGAAGUUGACGCUUCGGGAAAAGCGGUUCUGGACAGACUGACGUCUGCUGUCGUCUUCCCCGACGGGAGUGAGCAGUGUUUCGGGAGCCCCGCUGACAUGGCUGCAGCAGCUGAGGGCGUGAGAGAGCGCCUCCUGCUGGUGGAGGAGAGACGGCUGCAGCUGCAAGAUGCAGUGCUUCAUAAUGACCAGGAGGAGGAGCUCAACAAGCAGGAGACGCGGCUAGACGUGAUAGGGGAGGAAUUUAAUGAGAUGGAGGAGGAAGAUGGGGCGGGGCCACAGGACUGCUAACGUGCUGUGGUCUUAGCUGGUUGUUAGCGUUAGCAUUAACGUUAAGCUGCUGACCGUCAUCAGACGUCACUGGUUUCAGUUACCCAUCAGCCCCUUCAUCUCCUUUUGCUCGUCUGGAACGCGGCGCCAUCUAGCGGUGUGCUUUCUGCGUCCAUGGGGGGCAGAUUCUAACCUGUGAUCCUGAUCGUGCAACUAAUCAAUAGCCCUAAUUUCCAGAUCAAAGAGUCCGGAUCCAGUCUGGAUCUGGAUUCUCUCCGCGGGAAUCCAUUCACGUGCUGUUACAAUAUUCUGCCGACUGAGAGGAAGCUUCGCUGAUACAGCCCAACAGGAAAUGUUAGCCACCCGCGGCCACGUGCCAUAGCCGUUCUUUACGCUGAGGUCACGGCCGUGCGGUCUUUGAGUAAUGUCUCCCGACAUAACCAACCUCCCAGCAUGCAGCUUGUUGUUGGAGGUGGAAGCAGAAUCCAUGGUGCUAACGUGGUUACCACGGUUACCAGUCUCAGUACCUCAUUUCCUUCUCUGCUUCCUUCCUUCCUUGUCCACGAGGAGGGCUGAGCCAUGGGUGGAGCUUGUGUCAGGUGUCCAGUGACGAUGAAGGUCACACAAAACAAAUCCUCCCUGUCACCACCACGAAGGCUCCACCUCUGUCUCCAAGUGGGCGGAAUAACUGCUGAUGUGGCCAGCGUUCAUGAUGACAUCAUUUCCUGUGCCUCAGCCUCACGUCUGCUGCUCUUUGUUCCUUUAAGCUGAUUGGAUGUCCUCUAAAUAAUAAAACCCUUAAAAAAAAAGACUGCGUUUAUCCAAAGUUAAUCAGUGACUCCGCCCCCUGAAAGCUCUUGGGAACUGUUGACCUCUGACCCCUGGUCUGCUGCUUGCCUUUUUUUAAUGAAAGUUGCUGAAUGGUUGCAGUGUUUGACCUCUGCUGACCCUGUGUACUCACUCAUGAUGUAAUGAUGACAUCAUCCUCUA